UGUUCAUUCUGAAGGCAUUUCUUCUGCUGCCCCCCUCUCCCCUUCUCCCCAAUCCGGAGCUGCAGGGGGCGUGGAAGAAAAAGCAGAAGGAGGGACCCGGACCUGGCAGACGCGCUCACGUGCACCGGGAAGGUGUGCGGGAGAAGCAGCCGCGCCAACAGCAUUCCGAGCAGAUCCGUCUUGCAGGGAGGACGAGAGAGCGAGGUCUGGACCUGAUGUCACGCUCUGGGCUAGGAACCAGUGCUGGAUCUUAGGGCCGGUUCCGGGGUGAGCACAACAACGUGGACGUUCAGCAAAGCUAUACAGCCACUGCCAGCAUUGUUCACAGCCGACUCCAGAGAAGAACUGCCCUCCUACUCUUGCAGGAGAGGAAAGUGCCAUGGGCCAGCUGAGGAAUCUCCUGUACUUGAACUUGUCUGAGCUAUUGAGUCGGCUGGAGGAAACAGAAGUGUGCAGCAGUGACUCUGUGGGGAAUGGCACCUUCCUGAUAGUGGCCUACAGCACACUCAUAGCUGUGGGGCUGAUUGGGAACCUCUGCCUAGUCUGCGUCAUCAUCCAACAAAAGGAGAUGAGGAAUGUCACCAAUAUCUUCAUUGCCAACCUCUCCUGCUCUGACAUCCUCAUGUCGCUUGUCUGCAUGCCCAUCACUGUCAUUUACACCUUGAUGGACCGCUGGAUCCUAGGAGAAGUGCUCUGCAAGGCCAGCCCCUUCGUCCAGUGCAUUUCUGUCACUGUCUCCAUCCUCUCCCUUGUCUGGAUUGCCCUGGAGAGGCACCAGCUCAUUAUCAACCCUACCGGGUGGAAGCCAGCAGCGAACCAUGCCUAUCUUGCAGUAGCCCUUACCUGGGUAGUAGCCUGCUUCAUUUCAUUGCCCUUUCUCUCCUUUAACAUACUGACCCAACCCUUUCAGAACCUCAACCUCUCCUUUGGUAACUUUGAUGACCACAUGAUCUGCAUCGAGAGCUGGCCAUCCAACCAUCACCGCCUGGCCUACACCAUCUUCCUCUUCCUUUUCCAGUACUGCCUGCCUCUAAUCCUGAUCAUGGCCUGCUAUUUCCGCAUCUUCUUACGUCUUCAACGCCGCAAGGACAUGGUGGAACGGGCCAAGGACGGCUCCCGGGCCACUAGCCACAAGAGGGUCAACAUCAUGUUGGCCUGCAUCGUUGUUGCUUUUGCCGCUUGUUGGCUUCCCCUCACGGUCUUCAAUGCCCUCUAUGACUGGGACCACGAGAAAAUCUCUGUGUGCUACCACAACUUCAUCUUCUCUCUCUGUCAUCUCACAGCCAUGGCUUCUACUUGCAUCAAUCCCAUCAUUUACGGGUUCCUCAACAGCAAUUUCCAGAAGGAGGUCAAGGCCUUGCUGUAUCGCUGCAGCUGCAAUAGUGAGAAGGACAAGUAUGAGAGUUUCCCCCUCUCCACUGUCAGCACUGAGAUCUCCAAGGCCUCACUCCAAAGUGGAGGAACCAAUGCCUGACUGCCAGGAGUCCAUGCAGUGCCUUCAAACAGCAAAGAAACCUCCUUCUCCAGCCCUGGGCAAGGCAGAGUAUGUUUCGGCUACUAAGACAUUUUCAGAUCUUGUGGUACCUUCACCUCCUACCCCCACGCUUUACUCUUGUCAGGGAUCAUCGGAAAUUGGGGCACCUUGCUUUUUGUCAGAUGGCCUGUAGGUCAAGUAUAGACACUGAUGGCAGAGAUAGGGGAUGACUCAGACUAUUGGAGGAUUGCAUGUUGUGGUCUUUGCUGUCCUAAGACGCCCCUCCGUAGGAGCUUUGGAAGCUUGUUAGGUAAUUUAGGUGAAAUAUAUGGAGACUGUAACUGAGAUUUUGUGCAGAAAACGAACUCAUUUAGGGGGAUGUGUCACUCAGUGAAACUGAGAAAUCUUAAAUAGUUCAUCUGUAUUCUGUAAAGGAAAGUUGUUUUCCAACUCUAUUCUAGGGUGCCCCAGAGAGCCUCCUUCAUGAGCCUCCUUCAUGAGAAGGCACUAACAGUGGUCAAAUUUCCUUAGAAGCAGCUUGCCCACCACCUUUCCCCUGCAUGGAGCAAUUAUGGGACAGUUAUGGGUGUUUUUGAAGCAGUGAUGCCCUUUCAGAUGGGUCUACAGAGAGGCCCAGUCUGAUCCACUAUGCAGAAUACUCUGGGACACAGUGGCCUGGAUCCCACCAAAUUCUGUGCACAGAGGGGGACUUCCCUCCCCCUCCAAAUGCUGCUCUUGGUAGACAGGAGACCUCUAAGAGCAGAGUGGCAGGGGAGUUCAGCUGUGGGGGUGGGGGGAGGGGAGCAAUAAAAAUAGCCUCAUCCUUUGUGUGGGGGGGGGGGGCUUUCUUCCAUGGGCUCCAGCCCAAUGCGCCACAGUAAACGUCUGCAAACUUUUCAGUAAGAGCUCAUUCUGAGUAACAGAAAUAUCUCUCAUGUCUAAAAUAUUGUUAUAAAUAUUCGUGAAUAUAAGAAUAUCAAGUGAGUUGACAGAGCCUUCCUGUGUCUGUUUGGUUUUGCAAGAACAUUCCUUCUCAUGAUCUUAUUAUGGAUUUUGUAGGGGCUGCACAAGCAAACCCUCAGCAGCCUAUAACCUACUGAUAAUUUGCAAUUUAUCUGUUACGGGCUCUUGCACUAGAGUUCCAUGGUAGAUACAUAGGAGUUCACUGGCAGAUGUGUCGAUUUGGAAAUGGUUCUCUGAAGGCAGAAUUGUCAAAAGCCUGUCUUAAGUGAGUCCUCACACACGUACACCGCAGAUGGAAUUGCUUCUUAAUAUAGCAGCUGCAAUUCCAAAUGUUUCAGAUGAAAUGCUUGACUAGUUAGUGCAGCAAGAUUGUGAAAGUUGUGGCCCCAAGAAAUUUUGGUGCAGGAAGCACAACAUUCAAAUGGCAUGCCCCCCCCCCCCAAAUACUACAGGGAUAACAACAUAAUAAUAAAUUAUUAUUUAUUACCAUCCUUUGAAACUCAUAAAUGUGAUGUUAAGUGCAGGCUGUAUUUCAGCAGAUGUUCUGUUCUUUGGCUGACAAAAUGUUCUGUGCCACUCAAAAGCUGGCUACAAUGUCAUUUCAAUCAGCCAAACCAAAACUGUUAUUGGACAAAGAUGUACUGAUUGUUCCAGUGGGUUUAGCUCCUGAAUUUCCAUGAAAACUAGCCCAUCUAAUAGGAAUACUGAAUUAGGAAUGUCAUGUCAUGUAUCUAGUCUUGAGGGAUUUGACUAUAAUAGUAUUGUCUCGAUUUAAUAAUGGUUUGAUUAACAAUACCCAUUUAACGUACAUCACUUGGGAAAGGUGAGUAGGAUAUAAUUUCCAACAUUUUUUUGUACGCAAGAAGCACCAUUUUAAAAGGACUAUUCACGUGAACACUUACACUAUACAAUCUAGUUGAGGACUGAGGUUCUGUACCGGUUAUUUGGAAUGGCACUAACACGUUCAGAUGAUCAUUCAAAACAGGGAUGGCCACCUUUUUAUCUGAACACCAAGCAUGGUAUAAUGGUUAAGAGUGGUGGGCUCUAAUCUGGUAAAUUGAAUUUGUCUCUCUGCUCUUCCAC